UUGCCCCUGGGCAGCUGUCUCCUGGCAUCAUGAGAGCACUCGGGUCGGGCUUGUCGGCGCGGCGUCUCCUCCCGCUGCGGCUUCCCCCGCGGCCGCGGCGGCCGCCCGGGCCUCAGUUGUCGAGCGGACCGGUGGCGGCGGCCGGCGCCCUGGAGCGGGCCAUGGACGAGCUGCUGCGCCGCGCGGUGCCGCCCACGCCGGCCUACGAGCUGCGCGAGAAGACGCCGGCGCCCGCCGAGGGCCAGUGCGCCGACUUCGUGAGCUUCUACGGCGGCCUGGCCGAGGUGGCCCAGCGCGCCGAGCUGCUGGGCCGCCUGGCGCAGGGCUUCGGCGUGGACCACGGCCAGGUGGCCGAGCAGAGCGCCGGCGUGCUCCAGCUGCGCCAGCAGCCGCGGGAGCCGGCCGUGCUGCUGCAGGCCGAGGACCGGCUGCGCUACGCGCUGGUGCCGCGCUACCGCGGCCUCUUCCACCACAUCAGCAAGCUGGACGGCGGCGUGCGCUUCCUGGUGCAGCUGCGGGCCGACCUGCUCGAGGCGCAGGCCCUGAAGCUGGUGGAGGGGCCGCACGUGCGGGAAAUGAAUGGGGUACUGAAAGGCAUGCUCUCGGAGUGGUUCUCCUCAGGGUUCCUGAGCCUUGAACGGGUCACCUGGCAUUCGCCRUGUGAGGUGCUGCAGAGAAUCAGUGAGGCUGAGGCUGUGCACCCUGUAAAGAACUGGAUGGAUAUGAAGCGACGCGUCGGGCCCUACAGAAGGUGCUACUUCUUUUCUCACUGUUCAACCCCGGAGGAGCCCCUCAUCGUCUUGCAUGUGGCACUGACCAGUGACAUCUCCAACAACAUCCAGGCAAUCGUGAAGGAGUGCCCCCCCUCGGAAACAGAGGAGAGGAACAGGAUUGCYGCUGCCAUCUUCUACUCCAUCAGCCUGACCCAGCAGGGACUGCAAGGGGUGGAGCUGGGGACCUUCCUCAUAAAGCGCGUGGUCAAGGAGCUGCAGAAGGAGUUUCCUCACCUGGGGGCAUUUUCAAGCCUGUCACCUAUACCUGGAUUCACCAAGUGGCUUCUGGGGCUUCUGAACUCACAGACAAAGGAGCAUGGGAGGAACGAACUGUUCACAGAUUCAGAGUGUAAAGAGAUCACCGAGAUCACUGGUGGCCCCAUCCAGGAGACCCUCAAGGUCAUGCUCAGCAGCAGCGAGUGGGUGAAGUCGGAGAAGCUGGUGCGCGCGCUCCAGGCUCCCCUCAUGCGGCUGUGUGCCUGGUACCUGUAUGGUGAGAAGCACCGCGGCUUCGCCCUGAACCCUGUGGCCAACUUCCACCUGCAGAACGGGGCUGUGAUGUGGCGCAUCAACUGGAUGGCUGACAGCAGCCUCAGGGGCCUCACCGGCUCAUGUGGCCUCAUGGUCAACUACCGCUACUACCUGGAGGAGACGGGCCCCAACAGCAUCGCCUACCUGGGCUCCAAGAACAUCAAAGCUUCUGAGCAGGUCCUCAGCCUGGUGGCCCAGUUCCAGAAAAACAGCAAGCUCUAGGCACCGGCCCCCCACAGCUCGGGUCCUGCUCAGAAAAGGGUGGUCUUUCAGAUGUGUCAGGUUGCGGAUCAGAAGGGCCUCUGAGGAAAACCACAGCUGUGCUGUGUGGCCUGCCCACAGCAGGGUGGCCCGCCAAGCCGUGCCCCAGCUGUCACUGUGCUGGUAAAGAAGCGCUGCCAGACGGAGGUGGCAGAGGCAGGUGCUGAGGCCUCUGCUGCUGCCCAGGGCCAGUCCUUGGGCCUUACAAGGACCAGGGCAGAAGGCCCCAGUGAGAAUAUAGUCUCCUUUGGAGCUUGUAGAGCAUAACUGUAGCCAUUUCUGUCCACUGGGUACCGGGGGAUAAAGGGCUGAGCUACAUCUACCAGGGAAAUUCUGAAGCUUGUGAAGGUAUGGGACUUAUGAUUUGCACAGAAUAUAGUAAGUUAAUCACUGAACACAGAUGCUGCUGUCGAGGCCUCAGUGGGGUGUAGCUUUCAAACUACAGUGAUUCAAGUUCAUAAUGAACCGAAUAGUAAAGAACAGGUUUGUUCUGUAAA